AUGGUGACCGCAACUACGAACGGAUCAUCGGCGUCCUCGACACCGCGAGUGAUUGAUUCGGGCAUCCCGUGCGCCAACUGCGGCAAGCCGGCAAGUCGAUCCAACACGUGCAAGCUCUGUCAAGAGUGAGUGACCAUCCGAAUUGUUCCAUGAUGAAUGGCUUACGCCUUGGCCUUGACUCCCACGGAUUGUCGCCGCUGAACGAUGCUGCGACUACGCUGUGACUUGCGACGAAAGCUGACCUCUGCCUGAUCUCGGCCACAGCCAAAACAUCGUGUCUCUGUUCUGCACCCCGGAUUGCUACAGGAGCAAUUGUGCGUGUAUACACCUCGCAGUGCCGCCCUAGUCAACAUCAGCUCAUCGUUGUGCUCCCCCGCCCCCGCCUCCGCUGAUCGUGCUUGCAGACAAGACCCACAAGAAGCUGCAUACCCCGGCCGCCCAAGGCAACUACACCUUCCCUCCGGGCAGUGCGUUUCAGAACCAGUCUCUCAAUCACUCGACUUCAUUUUGCUGACCGCUGCUGAAACCUGCAGCCGCGGAUCCCUUCGCUGGGCGCUAUCGCUACACCGGUCCGUUGCGAGCCGUCUAUCCGAAGGAGCCUGUCCCGACACGGACCGUCCCCGAAACCAUCCCGCGCCCCGAAUAUGUCAACAAUGGUCAGUCGUCACUUAAGCGGGACAGUCUCUAUGCGAGUUCCCAGUGCAAGCGGACGCUGUCCGAGCCGAGCGCGUCGCAGACCUCCGGGCUGAUGAUUCUUCUCCCAUCUCUCUCGUUUGCAGCCAAGGGCAGGUCAUUCGCGGAGGAGAUCGCGAACCGAACGGAGCGAUAUGGGCGUAUCUUAUCAAAGAAGGAGAUAGUAGGGAUGCGAGAAGUGUGCAGGGUGAGUAGAUGAGUGGAGACUACGGUGACCUGGGCCCGACUCGGCUCACCCCGAUGUUUCUCCUUCUCCAGCUCGGCCGAGAAGUGCUCGACAUUGCAGCGAGCAAGAUCGCGCCCGGCGUCACGACACUCGACAUUGAUGCCGUUGUUCAUGAAGAGUGCAUGAAGCGCAAUGCGUACCCGAGUCCGUUGGGCUACCACCGAUUCCCUCGAUCGGUGUGCACGUCUGUCAACGAGGUCAUCUGCCACGGUCAGUAGGGAUCUUGUGCGCUAGGGAUUUUCGUUUCGCCACCGGCUUCGCUCACAACUCUCAAUCUUGCAAUAUAGGUAUCCCCGACGCUCGACCGCUCGAGGAUGGCGACAUCGUCAACCUCGACGUGACCCUCUACUACAACGGUUUCCACGGCGACCUCAACGCCACCUACCCGGUCGGGACCAAAGUCUCUGACGAGAACCUUCGGCUUCUGAAGACCGCACGCAAGUGUCUCGACGAAGCGAUCCGACUCGUGAAGCCUGGAAUGCAAUACAAGGACCUCGGCAACACGAUUGAAGCGAUUGCGAAGAAGGAUGGUUUCUCCGUUAACCAUACUUAUGGCGGUCACGGGAUCAACAACUUGUUCCAUUGCACGCCCAACAUCUCCCAUUACGCGGGGAACAAGAAUAUUGGGGUGAUGAAGGUCGGGCAAUGCUUCACUAUCGAACCGAUGAUUUGUGUUGGGCAGUACAAGGAGGAUCAUUGGCCUGACGUGUGGACGGUGAGUUCGAAGGAGGGCCGCUCGUCAUUCAGGGGGACGUAACUGAUCGUAGGGUCGCUCUUGCCUAUUCACAGGCCGUGACGGUAGACGGGAAAGCUUCUGCUCAAUUCGAAGAGACGAUGAUUGUUACCGAGACAGGGGUGGAAGUGUUGACUGCCGGACCGGGGUGGGCAUUGCCGGAAUGUGAUACCGAGAUCGUGCCGCUUUGA